AUGGCAAAGCUAUUAAUCCUCGAUGGAAAUAUGGUCACCAAGUUUGACUACGAAGCCAAUGCCAAGGUCGCGAGAGGACGAUCGAACGCAGAAGGCUCAGAGCGUGGCCGGGAAACAACAGAAGCCGCGUCUCAAGCGAGAAGGCGAGGAGGGAGGAGGCCUUACUCUCCCUGCUUGAGAACCUCAUCCUCAUCUUCAAGCUCAUCCUCAUCCUCGAAACCUCAACCUAUUCCUCAACUUCAUCCUUCAUCCUCAUCCUCGUCUUCGUUCGUCUCAAUCUCCUCGUCCUCUUCAUUAUCCGCCCCUCCACUACCUCCAGCCUUCUCCCUUCGACGUAUCGGGUUCAGCUUUUAG